AUGAAAGCUGUUGAGAAAUUUAAGGAUCCAGAUUGGAGAGAGAUUUUUAUUAAUAUGUCUACUAUUAGAAAGAGAGUUUGGAUUCAGAGUAAUCAAAUGGAUGAUUCUAGUACAUCUUCUGCAGAUAGUGAUUUUGAUGAUUUUUCAGAUUUUUUGAUGCUAAACUUUUUAAGUGAUUACAAUGAAAAGUUUAUCGAGAAAAUCCCUCAAAGAACAUCUUCUUUAUGUGGAGAAGAUUUUGUGAGAGAGUUAUUAGGUGGUCAUGAGAGAACAUGCUAUGAAUUAUUGCGAAUGGAUAAAAAUGUAUUCAUCGAGCUAUGUACUUGUUUAAAACAAAAGGAAUACAUUAAGGACACACGAGAGAUUAAAGUUGAAGAAGCAGUUGCCAUUUUCCUUAUAAUUGUUGGUCAAAAUGUGGGAAUGAGACUUAUAGCUGACCGAUUUCAACAUUCGCAUGAAACUAUUGAUAGGCACUUCCAUUUAACAUUAAAGGCAAUAUGUAAAUUAGGACAUGAUAUCAUUCGACCAACUCAAUCUCUGUUACCUUCUCAUAUUGUCAACUCCUCAAAAUACUACCCAUGGUUUCAGAAUUGCAUUGGUGCCAUUGAUGGAACACAUGUGAGUACAUGUGUCCCUACAGAUAAGCCAGUCAGUUACAGAGGCCGAAAAAAUGUGGUAACACAAAAUGUCUUGUGUGCUUGUAACUUUGAAAUGUUCUUUACUUUUGUAUCUGCUGGUUGGGAGGGCACCGCAAAUGAUUCCAGGGUGUUUAUAGAUGCAAUUACGCAACCUAAAUAUAAGUUUCCAUUGCCUAAAGAAGGUGAAUACUAUGUUUUGGAUUCUGGGUUUCCAUGCACAAAAGGUUUUCUCCCACCAUAUCGCGGUGAAAGAUAUCAUUUGCAAGAAUACAAUAGUGGACGUAAUCGACCACGUGGUAUGAAAGAACUAUUCAAUUAUAGGCAUUCUUCUCUUAGGAAUGUCAUUGAGCGGUGCUUUGGUGUACUAAAAGCACGUUUUCCUAUAUUGAAGAUGAUGCCACCUUACAAAUUGAGUAGACAACCUUUGAUAGUUAUUGCUUGUUGCACUCUUCAUAAUUUUAUUCGUCAACGCACACAGUAUGAUCAUAUGUUUAGAGAAUGGGAAGAGAAAGAACUUGAGGGUGAAGACAACUUAGAGGAAGCUAACACUAGUGUGUCAAGAUGUGAAGUCAAUUUAUCUGAUGAAUCUGCUGCAGCAAUGGCAAGAUGUCGAGAUCGUAUUGCUCAAGCUAUGUGGACAGCUUAUAAUAAUAUAAAUUAGUCAACUA